AUGCGAUGUAAAUAUUUAUGUUUCGGAGUAAAUUCAGCACCAGAGCAAUUCCAAUAUGCUAUUCAACAAACACUCGAAAGACUGGAGGGAGUAAGGAACAUUGCCGAUAGUAUUAUUGUGUGGGGAAAGUCCCUGAAAGAACAUGAUACACACAUUGAAGCUCGCAUGAAACGACUCUCAGAAAACAAUGUUAUCCUUAAUGUUUCCAAGUGUAAGUUUAACGUAGACAGCAUUUGGUUUUGUGGUUACACAUUAUCAAAGGAUGGCAUUUCUGCAGACAAAACCAAAAUUGCAGCACUAGUUAACAUGAAAGAGCCAGAAGAUGUAUCCCAGUUGCGCAGUUUCUUGGGAUUGGCAACAUAUUGUGAACGGUUUAUUAAUAACCUGGCAACAAUCACAGCACCAUUACGCGAGUUAACCAACAAAGGUGUUGUUUGGAAAUGGACAGGUGGACACCAACAGGCAUUCAACAAAGUAAAAGAAGGAAUUGCGAAAGAUUGUACGUACCACUACUUUUUAUCACCAAACUAAACGAACUCGAAUAACAGUUUAUACAAGCCCAGUCGGAUUAGCGGCCAUUUUAUCACAGUUUGAUAGGGACGAGAACGAGCAAAUUGUUGCGUAUGCAAGCCGUAGUCUCAGCAAGGUUGAACAGCGAUAUUCACAAACUGAAAAAAGAGGCGCUUGGAGUUGUUUUUGGUUGUGAGAAAUUUCACAUGUACAGUAUCUUAUUGGAAUUGAAUUUGAGUUGGAUACGGAUCAUGAACCGUUAGAAGUUAUAUACCAUCCCAAAGCGAAGCCAACUGCGCGGGUGAACGAUGGGCUCUCCGGCUACAACAGUACCAAUUUAAACUACGACACCGACCCGGUAAAACCAAUCCAGCUGAUGUGCCUAAAUCUAGUGCCUAAAUCUGUGAACAGGCAGGAAAUUGAGGAAGCGUGUCAAAAGGAUCCUGAAAUGCAACCUCUUAUGACGGCUAUUAGAAAAAAAAAAACGCUGGCCACGAAAUCUAGCUGGUCACACUAACAACAAUAAGAAUGACAAUAACAUCGAUCUAACGCCAUAUCACAGUAUUUGUAACGAACUAACAGUUUCAGAUAACGGUAUCGUACUACCAGGAAACCGACUUGUUAUGCUCAAGAAACUACGAAGCCACACGUUAAAUAUUGGACAUGCGCAAUACCAGGGUAUCGUGAAAACUAAAACCUUACUUCGAACAAAAGUAUGGUGGCCGGGAAUAGAUCGCGAGGUUGAACCGCUUAUCGCUUCCUGUAUACACUGUCAAGCUGCAAACAAUUCCAAAAUAUUUGAACCGUUGAAAAUGACUACAAUGCCAUCUAAACCAUGGCAAGUGAUUCAUGGGGAUUUUUAUGGACCAUUCCCCAGUGGGGAAUAUCUUUUAGUGUUAAUGGAUGAACAUUCCCGAUUUCCUGAGGUUGAAACCAUUCGAUCAACUACAACCGCGGUCACUAUUGGAAAGCUCGAUAAAAUAUUUUCGGUUCAUGGAUUCCCAAUUGAAUUUGUCAGCGAUAAUGGUCCACCUUUUAACGGACACGAAUUCCACAACUAUUUAACACAAAAUGGAAUCAAACAUCGAAAGAUUACCCCCAUACUGGCCGCAGGCCGCAGGCCAACGCACACGUAG